AGGAUGCAGAAGGCUACAUGGCGCUUAACUUCCAGCUAAGGAAAGAGCACAGGAAGCAAACCCUUCCAUCUCAGGUCCAAGAAGCGCUGCCAAGACAACCCACCCAGCAUCAGCUCACUGUUGGGGCUGGAUGUGCCAUGAUCUUCCUCUUAACGGGUGCCUUGAUUGCAUUGUGUGUUUGGGCUUUUCACAUGAAGCGACCCAUGGAUGUUCUGGAGAAAGACUUUAUCUCUCCAGGAGCCACCAAGAGAAGAGAAAGCAAUCAAUGCCUGGAGACCAUGUCCCAAUUGCAGAGGUUUUUGUGCAAGCCCCUUGACAACACCACAGCAGAGAGCUCCAGUUGCAGACUCUGCCCUCAGAACUGGUUCCUUCACAAGAAGAAGUGCUACUGGAUCUCCAGAGAAAAACAGACCUGGCACAAAAGCAAGGAAGGCUGUGAAGCAAAACGCUCUCAAAUGGUGGUGAUACAGAACCAGGAAGAAGUGUCUUUCAUUCAAAGCAUUACCGAAGGGGCACAGCUGCUGUGGAUAGGACUAGAAGCCUCGUUCCCCGAAAGAAAAUGGACCUGGGUCAAUGGCUCCCCCUUAGAUGACAACCUAUUUCAAGAACUAGGUCCAGUUGAAGCAAACUUCUGUGGGAGACUGAAUGGAAACCAAAUUAUUGCUGAGGCCUGCAGCAGUGUAACCACGUGGAUGUAAUGGUGCUUCAGCAGCCAAUAUGGAGAAUUUCUUUGUGCCACAUUAUGGCUAUGCAGCU